UGUUAACUCGUUCUUCAAAGAGCAAAGAGCAGAGGAAUAUCGACUGUAAUAAUCUCUUCCUGCAAAACCCUGACUGUCGUCUCUUGCACAAAACAAAAAUUCAUCUUGUUUGUUGGGGUUUAAUCUUGCUGGAUUCAGUUAAGGCUGAGAAUUGCAGUUCCAUUUUGUGAUCGUAUUAGUAUAAUUGUGGCUAAUCUAAUACUAGGUUAGGCUGUUUAUUUUCAUCUAAAUUAAUAAAUAUCUAUUCAAAACAUCUUAAUUAACCGAGAAGAAGCUUGAACAUAAUCCAAUCACAUAAAUGGAGUCAAGAGAACAAAGUAAUCGUAGUAAUCCUCGAUCGAGCGCAGAAUCCUUGUCGCGGCCUUCAGCUAUCGUCAUCGGUGGUGGAUUUGCAGGUAUUGCGGCUGCUCGGGCACUUCAUGAUGCCUCGUUUCAGGUUGUUCUGCUGGAGUCGCGAGAUAGAAUUGGUGGUCGAGUGUGCACCGACUACUCAUUUGGUUUUCCAGUUGACAUGGGUGCAUCAUGGUUGCACGGUGUAUGUGAAGAAAACCCUUUAGCCCCAUUAGUCGGAAGACUAGGACUUCCAUUGUACCGAACUGGUGGAGACAACUCUGUGUUAUAUGAUCACGAUUUAGAAAGUUAUGCACUCUUCGAUGCAGAUGGAAAUCAAGUUCCUCAAAAACUAGUAACAGAGGUUGGCAAGACAUUUGGGACCAUUUUAAAAGAGACAGAUAAAGUAAGGGAAGAAAACAGUGAGGACAUGUCGAUACUUAAAGCGUUCUCCAUUGUUUUAGAAAGGCGACCUGAUUUAAGGCAACAAGGGACUGCUCACAAUGUGCUGCAGUGGUACUUAUGCAGAAUGGAAGGUUGGUUUGCUGCAGACGCAGAUUCCAUUUCGCUUAAAUAUUGGGAUGAGGAAGAGCUUCUGUCAGGUGGUCAUGGACUAAUGGUUCGAGGUUAUUAUCCAGUUAUCAAUACUCUUGCCAAGGGUCUUGAUAUUCGCCUAAAUAGCAGAGUCACGGGUAUUUCACGGCGUCAUAGUGGAGUCAAAAUUAGUGUUGAAGAUGGGUCGACGUUCACAGCUGAUGCAGCAAUUGUGGCUGUUCCUCUUGGUGUUUUGAAGUCCAAGAAAAUAUCUUUCGAGCCCAAAUUACCACAGUGGAAAGAAAAAGCUAUUUCUGAACUAGGAAUUGGGACGGAGAAUAAGAUAGCUUUGCAUUUUGACAAGGUUUUCUGGCCUAACGUAGAGUUCUUGGGAGUGGUUGCUUCAUCUUCUUAUGGAUGCAGCUACUUCCUCAAUCUUCACAAAGCUACAUCCUACCCCGUCUUGGUUUACAUGCCAGCAGGGAGAUUGGCACAAGAUAUUGAAAAGAUGUCCGACAAAGAUGCCGCAAAUUUUGCCUAUAUGCAACUAAAGAAAAUCCUUCCCGAUGCAUCUGAGCCGAUCAAUUACCUUGUUUCCCACUGGGGAACUGAUAUAAAUUCACUCGGUUCCUAUAGCUACCAUACAGUUGGAAAAUCCAAUGAUCUGUAUGAGAGAUUAAGGAUCCCUGUUGACAAUAUCUUCUUUGCUGGGGAAGCUACAAGCAUGAACUACCCAGGAACUGUGCAUGGUGCAUUCUCUACGGGAACUAUCGCUGCUGAAGAAUGCAGAAUGAGAGUCUUAGAACGGUACGGGGAGCUGGAUUUGCACAAUUUAGCCAUGGACGGGGAAAUGUCUACUUCUCUAGCCGUACCGCUCCUCAUUUCUCGUAUGUGAAGAUUGCAUUUUAUGUGAUGCUGGGGGAAACAAAACAAAAAUAACCUUCUUGUUGUUCCCUAUCAUGUAGUCUAAAUAUAUUCUUCUGUAUAGUGUAGGUUACUUACUCGAAGAACAUCUAGCGGCACAUUUACAUUAGAACCUAGAUGUGGUAUGAAUUGUAUCAAGUUGUUAAUAAUUGACCUAAGUUUGAACUUUGGAUAUUUAAAGGGAUGGUAUUAGUUUCCCUUCUUGUAAGUAAAAGAAUAUGUGAAGGUAUCAUCAGUAUCACUGAUGUUUGAGCUUUUGAUAAACGAAUCUUCAAAAGCAGCAACUGCUUUUCUUGUGAA